AUGUAUUUGGUGUCAACGGAGCUCUCUCUACAGACGCUGUUGGCGUCCUCGUACAACUUCACCCUCGCCCUCAUGGUGACUAUGGCGCUUGUCAUGUACGCAGCUUCAGUAAUCCACAGGAACUACUCGUGGGUUGACCGCUCGUGGUCAAUUGCGCCGGUAGUGUACACCUGGAUACAUAUAUAUUACAAUGUCAAGGGCACCCUUCCCUCCCAAUCACUCUGCACAUUGAACAACGCAGCGGUAUUCUACGGCAUCAUUGUGACAGUGUGGGGCAUUCGCCUCACCUUCAACUUUGCCCGCCGUGGCGGUUACUCGCGCGGUAACGAGGACUAUCGGUGGAGUUACAUUCGCAGCUGGCCGGGCCUGGCGAACCCAAUCGUGUGGGAGCUGUACAGCUUCUGGAGUAUCGCCGUCUUCCAGACAGCAGUCUUGUGGGCCAUCACACUUCCUGUUAUCAGCAUCCCCUCAGUGCCCAUCAGCAUCAAGGACGUAGUAAUUGGAUCCUGUAUGCUUCUCUUCGUCAUCUUUGAAACCAUCUGCGACGAACAGCAGCAACGCUUUCAGCGCGCAAAGCGUGCGUUUCAGGAGCGUCGUCGGGGCCGCGGUCAAACCGAGGGAGAGGAAACCCUCCUCUCGUAUGGCUUCCGCGUUACAGGCGUCUUUGGGUACAGUCGUCACCUCAAUGUGUUCUGUGAAGGUUCCAUUUGGGUCACCCUCGCCGUUGGUGCGCUGGCGCACGCCCACUUGGCCUGGUGGCAGUGGAUUGGCUGCAUCACGGUGGAGCUGUUAACUUACUACUCCACAGCCUUCAUCACGGAGGAACUCUCGAGACAAAAGUACCCCUUGUAUGCCAUAUACCAGAAAACGACGCCCAUGCUGUUUCCCUCUGUGAAGUCCACUACACAACACACACUCUACCUUUUGUCAAAAGAGUCACAAAAAACGAAAUAG